AUGUCAGUUUAUAUCCAGUUAACACAUGACUUGUCCGGAACAGUAACUGCUGUCACAAUUGGCGAUUGGAUUUUAGGAAUUCUGAAACAAAAAAAUAUUCAAGAAUAUGAAGUUUUUUUUAAAAAAUUUUUAAACAUUUAUCAAAACCAAGACAAAGAAUCAGAAACAAAUAAUAGAUCUGAAAUAUUUUCUUUGUUGUUAUCUGCUAGUGAUUGUGUUUUUGAAACAUUAGUUGAAACAAAAAAGAAUAAAAAAAUAAAUGUGAUAAUAGAUAAUAAGGAAUGUGUUAAAAGUUUUAAUGAAUUUUAUAAAGAAGUAGAAGAAUAUUUUGUAAUAUUAAUUUCAAUAUUACAAUUAGAAUUUAAAAGUGUUGACGAUCUUAAUAAUGCAACAAAUAAUUUCAUAAAGGCUAUAAAAAAUUAUAAUGUUUUUCCAGAAUUAAGAUUAAAAAUAUUACAGUUAUUAUAUAAUUCAUUUAAUGUUAAUUUUUCUUUUCGAUUUCCAACAUUUAUAGCUAUUUUACAAUUUUCAUCACAAAACAAUAUAUUCCAUGCUAUUUUACCAUAUAUAAAAUCUAUAGAUGAUUGGAUAAAGGAAUGGAAUAUAAGCAAUCACGAAAAGAGACAAAUAUAUUUAAUCGUAGCUGAAGAAUUAAAAAAAUUAAAAAAAUAUGAAGAUUCAUAUAAACAUUUAAAAAAACAUAUAUAUUAUUUUCAAAAAGAAAGUAAAGAGAUUUUAAAUCAUGCAUCUACGAUAAAAGCAAGUGUUGAAUUAGUUGUUGAUUCAAUUAAUCUUAAUAAUAAUAUAUUUUUUCACGAAAUUGUUAAUUUAGAUGCAAUUCAAAAUUUGCAAUAUAUAGAAGAACAUAAACCAAUAUAUGAAUUAUUAACAAUCUUUUAUAAAUAUAAUAUACAAGAGUUUUUAACAUUUAAAGAAACAUAUGGAAAUAAAUUUUUUACAAAAUAUAAUAUUGAUCUUGAAAAUUCUGAAAACAAAAUAUAUUUAUUAUCUAUAAUUUCUUUAUUUAAAGAUAAUAAGGUUCAGAAUAUUCAAUAUAUAUCAGAGCAGUUAAAUAUUAACAUGCUAAAAGUUGAAAAAAUACUUGUAUCGGCAAUAGGUAGUGAUAUUAUUGAUGCAAAAAUAGAUCAAAUAAACAAAACGGUACAUAUGAAAACAACUAUUUUACGACAGUUUGACGAACAACAAUGGGAACAUCUUAAUAAUCAAAUUGCAAAAUAUAUAAAGAAUGUUCAGAAAGUUCUUGAUCUAACAACACAUCGUAAAUCUUCCUCUAAUAAAGCAUAA